UGUACCUCGCGGUCGAGCUCCCGCAAGCCGCAAACAUCCUGUGCUUUCCCAUCCGCCCAUCUUCCACCGCCGCCGCCGCCGACAGGGCGGUCUCCCCUUCCUGGAUCCGCCGCCGGAUGCUCCUCCGCCGCACCGCCGCCGCAGCAGCGCAGCGCUCCUCCUGGUUACCCCCCUGGCGAACCAUCCUCCCGCACGUCGGCCCCGCCCGCCCUUAUAGCGCUACCACCUCCACCUCCUCCCCACACCGGCAGCGGCUGCGCACACCGCAGGUUACGGACAGUUCGCUUACUACCACCGCUGCGCCCCGACCGUUCCCGGACUACUCUCCGCCCCGCCCCGACUCGCCGGCCGACGAUGCCCUCGCGCGCCGUCUCGCCGCCGCGCUCCUCGCUUCGCCCAGCCCAGGCUCCCUCCCUCAUCUCCCCUUCAUUCCCCUCCGCCCGCUGCACCUGCUCCUCGCACUCCCCCUGCUCGCCUCCCACCCCAACCUCACCAGCCUCCUGGUCCCGCUCCUCCUGCUCUUCCCCUCCCGACCUCACCCCCAUCCCCAACUCAUCCAAUGCUUCGCCAUUGCCGCCCAUCUCGCCGUGCGCGAACCCGGAACUGCGCGUGCUAUCCUUGUACGAGCUCUUCGUUUCCCAUCUCCUCAUCGGCAUUUCGUCGAGCAGUUCAUCUUCACAUACAAGGCCUUCUCGUCGGACCCCGCCUCCUUCGACCUCCUCCUCCUGUGCCUCCCCUCCGCCCAGCUGCUCCGCCGGCUCCGCCAGUACGGCCUAUCCCCAUCCCCAGAAUCCUGUAAUGCUGUGCUCUCCCGCCUUCCCCUUGAUGAAGCAGUUGCCUUGUUCCGAGAACUCCCCGACAAGAACGUCUGCUCCCACAAUAUACUCCUCAAGGCGCUCCUUAGUGCAGGCCGGCUCAAGGAUGCACGCCAACAUUUUGAUGAAAUGUCGUCACCGCCAGAUGUUGUGACGUACGGCACUAUGGUCCAUGGCUACUGCGAUUGUGGUGAGCUGGAGAAUGCGGUGAAGCUGUUGGAUGAAAUGGCAGCAAAGGGGCUGGAGUCAAAUGCGACAGUGUAUACAAGUGUGAUUGCAUUGCUGUGCAAUAAAGGGCAGGUUUCAGAUGCUUUGAGGGUGGUAGAGGACAUGACGAUGCAUGGGGUGGUGUUGGAUGCAGUGGUGUUUACAACUGUAAUGAGUGGAUUUUGUAGCAAGGGUGAUUUGGCAGCUGCAAGAAGGUUGUUCGAAGAGAUGCAGAAGAGAGGGUUGGCCGCUGAUGGGGUGACAUAUACCGCGCUUAUCAAUGGUCUUUGUCGGGCUGGGGAGUUGAAAGAGGCAGACAGAGUACUUCAGGAGAUGGUGGACAAGGGAUUGGAUGUUGAUGUGGUCACAUAUACAGCACUCAUUGAUGGGUACUGCAAAAGAGGGAACAUGGUGGAAGCCUUCCGAGUUCACAAUGAAAUGGUACGGAGAAGAGUGGCACCAAAUGUGGUGACAUACACGGCUCUGUCUGAUGGACUGUGCAAGCAGGGGGAUGUGCGUGCUGCUAAUGAGCUAUUGCAUGAGAUGUGCAACAAGGGGUUAGAGCUGAAUGUUUACACAUACAACUCCCUGAUCAAUGGCCUGUGCAAGUUUGGCAAUCUGGAGCAGGCCAUGAGGAUCAUGACAGAGAUGGAAGCAGCCGGACUUAGACCAGAUGUUUAUACAUAUACAACUCUUAUAGAUACACUCUGCAAGUCAGGAGAGUUUGACAGGGCUCACAGCAUGUUACAGGAAAUGUUAGAUAAAGGAAUUAAGCCUAGUAUUGCGACUUACAAUGUUCUAAUGAAUGGUUUUUGCAUGUCAGGUAGGGUAGAAGGAGGAAGAAAGCUGCUCGAGUGGAUGCUGGAGAAGAACGUCCGCCCAAAUGUUGUAACGUAUAAUUCUCUUAUGAAGCAGUACUGCAUUGACAAGAACAUGAAAUCUACCACUGAGAUUUACAAGGGGAUGCAUUCUCAGGAGGUGGCUCCAAAUGAGAACACAUACAAUAUAUUGAUCAAGGGGCACAGUAAGGCAAGAAAUAUGAAAGAGGCACUGUAUUUCCAUCAUGAAAUGAUAGAGAAGGGAUUUAGACUCACAACAAGCUCUUAUAGUGCUCUUAUAAGAUUGCUGAAUAAAAAGAAGAAAUUUUCUGAGGCAAGAGGGUUAUUUGACGAGAUGCGAAAGGAGGGUUUGAUAGCUGAACCAGAUGUUUACAGUUUUUAUAUUGACAUCAGUUUUAAUGAGGAUAAUUUGGAGUCGACCAUUACACUUUGUGAUGAACUGGUGGAAGCCAGUCAUGUAAAAUCUAAAGCUGGCACAAACUAAGACUUUGCAAAGGAGCAUACGCAUCAGAACGUGAUUUUGGGAUGUGAUAGCAGCGGUAUCCUAGUUUUUUCAGAAUUGACAAUAUGUGAGACGAAAACAGACUCACGAAAAGCACUAUCCUCUAUGCCAUCCUAAACUAGCAAUUGAGAAUGAUGAUAGUAUCCUUUCUACGGCCACCUUGAUAUUCCCUUGUAAGCUGUGGAGGUAUAUAUGUGGGAUGCGCACUGAGGUGUUUAUGCACUUUUGCAAGGAGAAACGGUUUCUAUCUUCAUCAAUUGUCAAGCAACAAGGACAGUGAUCAGGCAAGCAGUGAGUGGAUAAAUCUGGUAGGGGAGUGUGCAGGGCUUCACUCAAUUGGUAAGCAAUUUCUGCUGAUGCUGCCGUGAUGGAAAGAUGGACCUGGAAAGACAUAGGAGAAGCCAAGACAAUAAGUAUGCACGAUUGCAUCCAUUAUAGGGUGGAAAGGAAGGAGUAACCUCUGUCGGCAUUCAUGAAUAACUCUUUGGAAGAUAACAUUGAGAACUCAUUUGAGCUCUUUGUUCUACCCAUGAAAUCAAAAGGCAGAUGUAGUUCUUUGUUUUCACACUCGAUUCCUUCACCAGUGUUGAUGAUAGGAUCCAGCCCUGCUUAACUGGGCACUGACUUUGGUGUCCAUCGUCUGUCACAUAACCACAUAGUCACAUUGGUGAUAUAACACUAGGGCACAUCUAGAUAUGCUCUAGUUAUUGCACAUCUAAGUGACUCAAUCAAGCUAGAAAGAAAAAGAAAAAAGACGAAAGAAAAAUGCUUGCACAAAUCUUAGCGUAAAAUCAAUGACAUAGGACUUAGAUGUGCAAUACUUAGAGCACAUCUAGAUGUGCUUUAGCAAAACUGUAUAACAAAAUAUGGGAGGAGAAGGUUCUUUGAGAUGCUUGAAAUCAUGUUUGUUUAUCUGAUAGCAUCUGGACAGAACAAGAUUCGACCUUGUGCUGCCACAAUGGUAAUUGGGCAAAAUAUAGUUGAUAUGUGCAUUGUAAGAAUCAAUUUGUUGUGUAUGAAAGUCCUAUUUAUAUUUA